CGUCGGUCAUACCCUUCCAGACGACGGCGGCGCGGUUUGCAGGCAGCCAGCGAUCAUGAACAGCACUAAUUCGACCGGCGACUCGUCAGGCAAUGGCACAUUGACGCUACCGCCCUCGCUUGACUUACCCCCGCAUCUAUCGGCGCAAAAGUACUUCUUCGUGUGCACUUUGACGGUGGCAGCUUGGGACGUGCUCGUUUUGACCCCUCGCACAUGGCGGCUUAUGCGGAGUCGUGGAUGGCCCUUGUUGAAGAUCAUUUACUACUUCCUUCGUCUAUGGGUCCCUUUUGAGUUCACUGUUGUCGGCGUUGCAUUCUUUGAUAUCGCCUGGACACAAGAGCGUUGCUCCGGGUUCUACCUGUUUGAACCCAUUUGCACUGCUAUCCUGCUCGCUGUCAUAUCAUUCGUCCAUGUAUACCGCAUCCACGCAAUCUAUGACAAAAACCGGUCUGUACUCCAUGGCAUGGGCGGUCUGUUUGCUCUGCAAAUCGUCAUCACCGCCAUAUGCUGUGGCUUCUAUCGCUCUACGCCGCUCGAGGAAGGCCAAGGCUGCAUAGCAGAGCCAAAGCACAACUGGGUCGGCAUCUACUGGGUCUCUGUGACGUUAGUGUACACAGCCUCGCUGGUCCUGGCUGUCAAACGCUCCAUCCGCUCGUACAAGGCAAAGCCUCUCAAUCUUUGGAAGCUCAUGCUCCGCGAUGGACUGAACCUUUACUUCGCUGUGUGGCUCGUGAACAUGGUGAACAUGUUCUUCUGGUUUAUCAUCAAGCCCACGGGUGUGAGUGAUCCCAUCCGGACGAUCGUAACUAGCAUGGCUGCCGUGCUGUCAUCGUCGAUGACCAUGCGUAUCAUCCUGGCUGUGCGCGGACCGCUCACGAACGGCGGUCGAUACGCCGGUUCGAAGGUGGCGCGUUCCGGGGGCACCGUGCGAUCGCGGAUGGCGCCAGGCGCGCCCACGAACCCGGUGCUCUCCAUCUCGCAGGUGCAGCCUACGCCAUUCAACGUGCCGCUCGGCGCGGAGAACAAGACGGGCGAGUGGGCGCUAGGCGGCGAGGACAAAAGCAGCGUCAAUGACGGUGAAAAGGGUGGCAUUUACCCGAUCGACGCCGCUGGGAUACAAGAGGAGAGCAAGAGCGAUCAUGGGGUGAAGAUACAAAUAGAUACGGAGACACACUUAAACGAUGAAUACCCCAAGGAGAAGUAGACUCGGUCGAGACGGGAUGAGG